UAAUGUUCCGUCACGUGGCUCAAAAUUUGGGCUCAAGAAACACAUCCAUUCAGUCAUACCGGUUGCUGCGUACUCGAUGGGAGCGAGGAUACCUGAAGGACCUUUACCAUCGCCGACAGAUUCUUGGAGCUGAUCCAGCAAUUUCCCGAUCUUCAUACCCAAACUGGGAUUACGACAGUGAACUAUAUGCUUUUGGACACAGAAUUGGAGCACCGGAAAUAUCCGAGGAUCAGUAUAUUAAGGCGCUUACAAAUGAAUCAUUUUUUCAAAGAGCCGACGUCGAAGAAAAUGUAGAAAGUGCUCAGCCGGGAGCAGAAGUUGGAACUGAACAUAAUGCAGAGCUUGUGAAACGUGGAGAGCAAAAUCUGUCGAUUUGGCUUAAAAGAUAUUUGCGAUUCCAUUUGGCAAAGGCUCCUGAGGAAUUGAUUGAAGCAAUUGAUUCUCAUCUUUUGGAUGAUGAAUGUCUUGCUGGUAUUGCUAGUCAUCUCGGUAUCGACCACCUUGUCCGUACAAAAGAAUUCCCGAUCAGUCAAGAAUCCUCAGCCGACGCUUUCCGUGCUCUCGCUGGAGUUUUCUCUGAUGAAAAAGUGAAAAAUCUUGUGAUCGAUUUCAUAGUUCCCCAACUAGUUGAUAUUGAUUUUGCUGACAUAUACCCACUUGCCGAUCCUCUUGCUGUUGUAACUGAUUUGUUAAAAUCUAACGGUGUCACUGAAAUUGAGCCACGAGUUCUUCGAUCGGCCGGAGAGAACAGCGCAGAGCCGAUCUAUGUUGUUGCAAUUUAUGCGGACAAAUUGAAGAAUGUUGGACAAAGUGCUGGAGAAUCAUUGGCAAUUGCUGUUGAUAUGGCUGCUAGAGAAGCAUUGCUCAGACUCUGGGAUAUUACUUCAGAAAAAGUCCUCUUCUUUGGCGAUCGUGCUGCCAAUGUACCACUGGAACGAUACUCUCAACCGAAUUUCUCAUUGUCACAGAAGUGCUCUCCAGGAACAAACACGAACAUUAUUGACCAUAGCCAACCUGUUGAAUCACCAGACAAUCUAAUUGAAGCAGUUCUCCGAUACCGAAAUGUGGUUGAUGCAGAAGUAGGAAAGAGCUACACUAAACGAUUGCGACACAAAUUCUCGCGUGGUUCGCUUGCGAAACGGUCCUUCAGAUAUCUUGUCAAGCCGAAGCCUUACACGGUUGCUUAAUUAUUAUUAUCUAGAGAGAAGCCUUUAAACCUUCAGAUUUCAAUCGUAUUAUCUCAUUUUUCCUCUUUUUUUGUUUUGUUCCAAAUAGUUUUCCUUUCAUUUUUGUUUGUGUUGUUAAAUUUUUCAAAUCAAGCUAGAAUAGUGAAAGUUUCAAUUUUACUCUGUUAUUUGUUCUACUACAUUUCCCCAUUUCCACACUUGUACAUGAGUGCUCAAUGAAGUCGAAAUUGGCAACAGCUAAUCCAUUCAGUUCCCAUCUUGUUAAAGGAACAUAAAUUAGUCACAUUUAAAAUUCAAAUUGAAUUCAUAAUGCAUCCCUUUCCUCUCUUCUUGUUGUUCCCUUCUUCCUUCCAUCUCCGCUUUGCUCUUUGUCCUCCCAUCGGCUCCUUGAUAAAUGAUGGGGUCCCCCUUGGCCAGAUGCAACCCCAUUUAUCUAAGACCCCGCUGCUGGCUCCGUGAGCACAUACACAAGAGAUGUGACCCUUUGAUAAGCCCCAAUGGGACGAUUCUUCUUGUUUAUUAGAAAUUUGAUAUGCAGUUUGUUGAUGGAAGAUUAAAUUUGAACAAUAUUUUAUAAA